CCCUCACUGCCGUUGGUCUUUUCCGUCGCCGUGGUCGUUAUUUGGGAAGAUCUCUCUGUAUUCUUUAUCUGUUCCUUUAAUUCUCUCUUUCGGAUCUCUGUAUCACUGAGUUUCUGAGGUAACUAUCGGUGCUGGAAAAUGGAGCCUGAGGUCGUAGAUUCAAACAUUCUGUUGCCUCAUUAUCUGAGUUUCAAGAAGGUACAAAUGUCGGAGAAAUACCCAAAAGGGCAAGCAAGAGGCAGGCAUUGGAAGCAUUUGAAGCAGAUACUUCAAGCUGAAAAUUACCUAACUUAUCCUUCUAUUGAACCCAACUAUGUUAAUAUUGAGUCACCUCCCUCUAUGUAUCCAUCAAAGAAAUUCUGUGAUAUAACAGGAUUUGAGGCACCGUAUGUUGACCCAAGGACAAAUCUCCGUUAUGCAAAUGUGGAUGUCUUCAAGAGAAUAAGAUCACUACCCAAUGAGUAUGUUCAAAGGUACCUGGCUCUCAGAAAUGCUGCAGUUGUCCUGAGGUAGAUUGAGGGCAUGAGAAAUUUGGAGUUAGCUGAAUUUAUCUUUUGAGGGAAUCACUAGGGAGAUCUGAUGUUUGGUUAUUUUGCAAUGACGGCUAUGAAUCACCUGAUGUCCCUUUGCUGUAAAGUAAUACUGAACUAUGUAAUAUGAAAUAAAAGCUUGAAUGACUAAGAGAUUAACUGGAUGAUAAAUUUACACAUCUGAUAGUGUU